CCAGGUAGUUGAACACCAUGGCUGCGAUGUCUGGGAGGGAAGCUGGGUGGUGUUGCUGUUCCCAGGCCUCCCAGCGCUCCCCAUCUCUUGCCCACAGGAGGUUGAUCACUGCAGGGAGGGCUUCCUCAUAAUCCCUCCCCGGCUCCACCAGCCAGUCCCAGACUCCCUCAGAGGAGAGUGCAUUCGUCCUCUUUGGAGGAUGCAGGUCCUCCCUCACUGGACGCUCUGGCUCCUCUUUCUCCUGCCAUGGAGGGGGUUGGUCGGGUGCUACGUGACCCACCUCCCCAACAGCGAAGCACCACUCCUCACCUUUCAAGCAGGUGGGGCAGACGUCCAGCAUGGUUGAGCUACAGUGGGACCUGCGACCGGCCCCACGCUGCUGUAGCUGCUGCUUCCUCCGUCCGCUUCUUCCCAUAUUUUUUUUUCCCCCCAAAAACACACAAAAAACACUUUGAGAAAAAAAAAACGAACAAAAAAAACGAGCUUUUCUUUCCUGGUCCGGCUAUUGGAGGCGUUUGUUUUGUCCCACGCAGGACACCAUAUGUGGCAGUCUGGCUCGCAGUGGUGUGGUGGAUGACGUCACGGACCAGGAAGUAACUGACUCCAAAACAGUGGAUGGGCGGGUGAAACCGAGUGCAAAAGCACUCAGCGUAUUUAAUAAUAAACAAACAAAAUAUUUAAACAAAAUACAAACAAAAGGGCACGAGGGCCAAACGAAUAAAUAAACAAACAAGUAAGUGCCGUGCUGGAUAAUCCAGCACGUAUUAGCAAUUGUUUUUUAAAUGUUAUUCCUUCUCUCCGCUCCCCGUACUCUCUACUCCAACACCCCCAACAUCAAGUGCAGAGAGCUGCAGGUUUAUAUACUCUGGCCGAGGGAUUAACUAGUUGGUAAUUAUCUUAUUAUCCCCCGGCCAGAGUCUGCACGCGUUUGGUAAGGAUGCAUGACUGUCAGCUAUUUAAGUAAUCAGUAGCUGAUCAGCCAUGCAUCCUCACGGGGUUUUUAAAUAAUAAUAAAAGACGCGGCGCUUUUACCCGCGCCGCAAACAAAAAUACAAAUAAUAAUAAAUAGGGGCGGGACACUCCGCCACAAUUACAUUUAGACUUAACUUUUGCGGUUUACAAAAUUCAAGUAAUUUAUCAUAACAAUAUAGUUAAAGAGAAAAUUCAAAUAACAGGAAGAAGUCAGUUAAAAAUGCUUGAAAAAAAUCAUUCAAAAGUAGCCUGUCUUCAAAUGAGGACAGUGGCACUUAAUGGUUAAUGUAACCUCUACUGUACAUUAAGAUAGGCUGGGCUAGAUUUUCACAGUGGAAAAUCUUCCGUCUUUGUCACUAGGACCAGAAACUUUUGAACUUUUUGGUGUCGCAGUGAGCCCUUUUGUUCUUUAACUCGUCAGGUUUUUCAAGAUUAUUGCUCAGUAUGUUUUUUUUUCUUUUUUUAACUGGACAGGGUUUUUUUUUUGUCCUUUUGGGUUUUGUGAUGCAAUUUGUCUUCAUGUUUUUGAAUGUAAUGCUCAGUACAAUGUAACAAGCUUCUGGGUGGAAAGUGUUCAAACUAGCAUGCAUGCCAACAGUCCCUAUAUGGUCGGGACAGUCCCGAUUUCCUAGAAAAUGUCCCGCGUCCCGAUGCAUAUGAAGGAGGUCGCGAUAUUUACCCAUAGGAAAAAAGAAAUCUGCACAGUAGAGUUAGUGAAAACCACGCGCUGUGCUCUUCAUGCGGCUGACGCAUCUGCUGAUCACUAACGUAUACAAAAGUAAGAACGCUUCAGAACGUCUAUUUUUACUGUCAUGAUGGUUGUGUCGUGUCGGGGUGGUGGAUACGUCUAUUAUAUGAUAGAGUGUUUUUUGCGACUACAAUACUGUUAACUACUAAUAAUGAAGGAAGGACGUCUUUUCAUUCCCUUUAAUUUGAGGGGACUCGGCACUGGUGGUUCUUAGGGGCGAGCACGGAUAUUGAGGAGUGGGGGCACACUGAAAAAUAAAAUAAACAGUGCUCUUCUCAGGGUGUUUUUAGAACCUAUUCGGAAUACCGUCCACCCCUUCCCUGUUUUGUACUUGUUGUGGUCCAAUGAGAACGGUGUCGAGCUCCCUUUACUCCCUUAAACCUCAGAGCUACAAACAUCUUGGGAAUGGAGGUUGUUUGUGCGUGUGAAAUAUCCGUAACUCUGACAAACAUAGUUUUCGACGAUCUUAGUAACAUCACAGUAAUGCAAUACUCAUAGUUAGUGUAUUUUUUUUAACGGUACUAUAAAUGGAAAAAAGCUACAUUUAACUUACUAUUGACAAUUUUCACUGCAGCAAAAACACAGUUUUAAACGUCCAGGCUUGAAAAAAGCAAAACAAACCGUGCUUUAUUUAAAACUAAAAUGUUCUCAGUAAAAUUGCAUGCACUUGUUUUGAAAUCUGACGCACCUUAUAUAGGGGCGUCUACCUGUUGGAGUGAUUUCAUCAUACUUCCGGUAUAUGAGCCUUCAAUAGUUAAUCCGUUGUUCGUUUUCUGCGUCUGAGAGGUUGUUAUUCAUGUUUUCUUGGAGUCCCAUGGCACAACAACUUUCACCCGGAACAAAGUUGAUAAAAGAUAAAUCAUGAACCCUAAAACAAGAGUUGUUGUCAUCAUCACAUCCUCAUUCAUACUGUCCUUUUGUGCUUAUAAAUACACAAACAAGUGGUCGGACUUCAAACCUUACCUACCCAAUAUUUGCAAGACCUUUAACUCUAGGUUGGUUGAAAACUCAACCUCAAAUCCAGAUCCUCAGAACCAUCCCAUUCAAAGAGAAAAGGUACCGGUGAGGAUCGAUAGCUAUUCGACGAGUUUACGUUAUCCACAGCCGCAAUCCUUGAAGUCACCGAGAUUGGAUGUGAUGACGGUCACCCCUUGGUUAGCACCUGUAAUCUGGGAUGGAACCUUCGACUCUUCCAUAAUCGACAGCCUGUACCAGCCACAGAACCUCACGAUAGGAACCACUGUGUUCGCUAUUGGAAAGUACACCCGGUUUAUCAAAGGAUUCCUGGAGACAGCGGAGAAGCACUUCCUGGUGGGCUACAAGGUGAACUACUACAUCUUCACUGACAAGCCCGAUGAAGUGCCAAGUGUGGCCCUGGGUAUGCAGAGAAACCUCAGCGUCAUCACUGUGUCCAAAUUCUUCCGCUGGCAGGAGAUCUCCAUGAGGAGGAUGGAGAGGAUCCUGAACACCAUCGAGGAGCGCCUCCUGAAGGAGGUGGACUACCUUUACUGCCUCGACGUGGACAUGCUCUUCCACAACCACUGGGGGGCGGAGGUGCUGAGCACCCUUGUGGCUGCAGUUCACCCAGGCUACUACAAGAAUCCCAGGGAGGUGUUUCCAUACGAGCGCCGGCCUGCUUCCCAGGCCUACGUGCCGCUGGACCAGGGAGAUUUCUACUAUGCCGGAGCCAUGAUUGGGGGGCUUAUCGAAAACGUGCGUGCGCUAACCAGGACCUGCCACCAGGCUAUACUGAUAGACAAGCAGAAUGACAUUGAAGCGGCCUGGCAGGAAGAGAGCCACCUAAAUAAGUACUUCUUGCAGCACAAGCCCACCAAGCUGCUGUCACCAGAGUACCUGUGGGACGACACGAAGCCCAAGCCGCCUGAGAUCCACUUCAUUCGCUUCUCAACCGUGUUGAAAAACUACGCAGAGGUCCGGGAGAAUGUUUAGAUAAGGGGCACGUUUUAGAUGACGUGGGACUCUCCAUUAUUGUAGAGCACCUUGGUACGGAUCUGAAGUAUCACAGUGCUCUUAAGUGAUAUAUUGUUCUUGUUUACAAUCACUCUGUAUGUCCAUGUCUUGUUUCAGUCAGCAUGUCCUGCUGAUAAAAUCAUCCCUUUGGCAUCUCUAGAGCUCUCAAACAUGUCUGCUCUCAAAAUCACAGCAGGCAAUACCAUUGAGGUUACCAGACAUCCCAGGAAAGCUGGAAUUUUCCAAAUUUUUAGCCUUCAUUUUUUGUCCCGGUCAGCUCAAACUGUAUCUUGUUCUGCUGUAAAUGCCUGGAAGCCUUAAAGUUGCCUGCAACUUCUAGUUUUAGUUUAGUUGUUGCACCUUUAAUUUUCCCUUUAUUUAGUUGUAUUUCUAAUAAAACUGUUCCUUUAUAUUCACUAGAAA